AGACACACUGUGAGACAUUUAAACCCAUCAGAGGAAGAAGAGAGAGAGAGAGAGAGAGAGAGAGAGAGGAAAAAAAACCCGAUUCACGUUCCACCGAGGCACAGGGGCGAGCGUUAACCUAAAGCCUUUUCUCCCCCCCGUGCAGUUCUAGAUCGAGAAGGACUCAUCGCCGCUACCGGAAAACACCGAGACGACACAUGCGACACGAGCGUUGACGCCUCACCGAGUGGCCGCGACUACCGAGACUCUGAGCGACGUCCCGUCCGAGAAGCGCAGCAAUUCAGAAUGGAGGAGAUAGUCAUAGCAGGCAUAUCGGGCCGUUUGCCCGAGUCCAACAAUCUGGAGGAAUUCUGGGAAAACCUUAUCAACGGUGUUGACAUGGUAACAGAGGACAACCGGCGGUGGACACCAGGUCUGUAUGGUCUUCCAAAGAGAAAUGGUAAACUGAAGGACAUCAGCCACUUUGAUGCGGCCUUCUUUGGAGUCCACCCCAAACAGGCCAACACCAUGGACCCCCAGCUCCGGCUCCUGCUAGAGAUCGCUUAUGAAGCUAUUUUAGACGGAGGGUUGAACCCAGCCGCACUGCGCGGCAGUAAGACGGGCGUUUACAUCGGGGUCAGUGGCUCGGAGGCUGGGGAGGCGUUCAGCAGAGAUCCAGAGGAGCUGCUGGGCUACAGCAUGACUGGCUGCCAGCGUGCCAUGCUGGCCAACAGACUGUCCUACUUCUUCGACUUCAGUGGCCCCAGCACUGCCAUCGACACAGCCUGCUCCUCCAGCUUGCUGGCUUUGGAAAACGCCUUCCACGCCAUUCGCCAGGGCCAGUGUGAUGCUGCUCUGGUGGGGGGAGUCAACUUGCUACUCAAGCCAAACACCUCGGUGCAAUUCAUGAAGCUGGGCAUGCUCAGUCCUGAGGGGACCUGCAAGUCUUUUGACUCAUCAGGUAAUGGAUACUGCCGUUCUGAGGCGGCAGUGGUAGUGCUGCUGACCAAGCGAUCAUUCGCUAAAAGAGUCUACGCCACCGUGGUCAACGCCGGCAACAACACGGAUGGAUACAAAGAGCAAGGUGUAACGUUUCCUUCAGGGGAGAUGCAGCAUAGGCUGGUUCACUCUCUCUACCAGGAGGCAAACAUAGCUCCUGAGCAAGUGGAGUAUGUGGAGGCCCACGGCACGGGAACAAAGGUUGGGGACCCACAGGAAGUGAACGGCAUCGUGAACGUGUUCUGUCAAUCAAAGCGAGAACCUCUGCUUUUGGGCUCCACCAAAUCCAACAUGGGCCACCCAGAACCCGCAUCUGGUCUGGCUGCCCUGGCAAAGGUGUUGCUUUCUUUGGAGCGAGGAGUCUGGGCUCCCAACCUGCACUUCAACAGUCCCAACCCUGACAUUCCCGCCCUCACCGAUGGUCGGGUGCAAGUCGUUGACCGGCCUAUUCCAAUUCGAGGUGGCAUAGUAGGCAUCAACUCGUUCGGAUUUGGCGGCUCAAAUGUGCAUAUAAUUCUUCGUCCAGCCGAGAAACUGGCUGACGCAGCAGCGCCACCCAGGACAGUUCCCAGGGUUCUGAAUGCCUGCGGCCGCACAGAGACGGCAGUGAGAACCAUGCUCCAGAAGGGGAAGGAACACACUGCAGAUGACAGCUUCCUGUCUUUGCUGAACGAGAUCUCAGGGGGUCCCACGACCAGCAUGCCUUACCGAGGCUACACUCUGAUUGGCUCUGAGAGUGAUGUCCUGGAAGUGCAGCAGGUGCAGGCCUCUGCCAGGCCACUCUGGUACAUCUGUGCAGGAAUGGGGACACAGUGGGCAGGUAUGGGCCGCAGUCUCAUGCAGCUGCAAGACUUUCGAGAGUCCAUCCUGCGGUCUGAUGCAGCCCUGAAAGACACCGGCCUGGUCGUUUCUCGUCUGCUUAUGGAGGCCAACGAUGCCACUUUUGAAGACACCGUUCAUUCCUUCGUUGGCCUCACUUCCAUACAGGUCGCUCUGAUCGACCUGCUCACCAAGCUGGGUCUGCAACCUGAUGGUAUCGUCGGACAUUCAGCCGGAGAGCUGGCCUGCGGCUACGCCGACGGCUGCCUCAGCCACAGUGAGGCCGUCCUGGCGGCCUACUGGAGAGGCCGCUGUGUCAAGGAGGCCAACCUACCUCUAGGAGGAAUGGCUGCAGUUGGGUUGACCUGGGAGGAGUGUUUGGCUCGCUGUCCUCAGGGAGUCGUCCCCGCCUGCCACAAUGCUGAGAGAACCAUCACCAUCUCUGGUCCUCAGGAAGCAAUCCGUAAAUUUGUGUCCGAGCUGAAAGAUCAGGGAGUCUUUGCAAGAGAGGUGCACACUGCCGGUGUCGCUUUCCAUUCCUACUUCAUGGCUUCCAUCGCUCCAAACCUGCUGGCUGCUCUAAAGAAGGUGAUCAAGGAGCCACGACAGCGUACGUCCCGCUGGGUGAGCACCAGCAUCCCCCAGUCUGCGUGGGAUUCUCCUCUGGCUCUGUACAGCUCAGCCGAGUACUACGUUAACAACCUGGUUAGCCCUGUGCUCUUCAUGGAGGGCAUCAGGAUGGUGCCCGACGACGCUGUCGUGGUGGAGAUAGCGCCGAAUGCUGUGCUGCAGACCAUCCUGAAGCGCAGCCUGAAGCCUACAUGCUCCGUCCUGCCCUUGAUGAAGAUAGGCAUCCCGAACAACCUUGAGUUCUUCCUCUCAAACAUUGGCAAAAUCUACAUGAAUGGCAUCAAUGUGGAUGUGAACACCCUCUGCCCAGCCGUGAAAUACCCUGUGCCAGUUGGUACCCCUCUGAUAUCCCCCUUGGUGAACUGGGACCAUGCCCAGACCUGGGAUGUCCCCAAGCCUGAUCAUUUUUCUUCUGGUUCAGGAGGAUCCAAAUCUUCCACCAUCUAUAACAUCGAUAUAAACCCGGAGUCUGCAGACUAUUACCUGAUUGGACACUGCAUUGAUGGGCGCGUCCUCUACCCAGCAACGGGUUACCUGUUUUUGGCCUGGCGUACCUUUGUGAGAAGUCUGGGGGCUGUCAUGGAAAGCACCCCUGUAACUUUUGAGGACAUCACCAUCCACAGAGCCACCAUCCUACCAAAGACCGGUUCCAUCCAGUUGGAGGUGCAUCUCAUGCCUGCCACCAACAGGUUUGAGGUUUCAGAGAAUGGAAACCUGGCUGUGAGUGGUAAGGUGAGCAUUCUGGAGGAUGCAGCCCUCGAUUCAUUCCAUAGUCAGAUGAGUCGGCAAGCUUCCGACGACUACAGUGACCCAAAAGUGAAGCUGACAACACAUGAUAUCUACAAAGAGCUGCGACUGCGCGGCUAUGACUAUGGGAAGACCUUCCAAGGCAUCUUUGAGUCCAACAAUGCAGGAGACAGUGGGAAGCUGCAGUGGACAGGAAACUGGGUGACUUUUCUGGACACCAUGCUGCAGAUGAUCGUGGUCGGGCUGUCGGGUCGAAGUCUGCGUUUGCCGACCAGAAUCCGCUCAGUGUGUGUUGAUCCAGCUGUGCACCUGGAAAAGAUCUAUGAAUACACAGAUGGAAAUCGAGUUCUGGAUGUCCACGUAGACCGUUGCCUGGACAACAUCGUUGCUGGUGGAGUCCAGAUCUGCGGUCUGCACGCCACUGUCGCGCCACGGCGGCAGCAUCAGCAGAUUCCCCCGACCCUGGAGGAAUUUGUGUUUGUUCCCUAUGUGGAGACUGAGUGCCUGACGGCCAAUGGCAAACUUGCAGAGCAGCUGAGACUCUGCAAAGGUUUAAUUCACAGACUACAGCAAAAGUUGGCACCACACGGAGUCAAGCUCUCCAUCCCCGGGCUACAAGGUGAGUCAGUCAGCUCGCUCCCCAGCCCCGAGCCCUCUCAGCCCAGCCUGGUGCGGCUGCUGGCCCUGCUCUGUGGCCUGGAGCUGAAUGGGAAUCUCCAGUCCGAACUGGAACAGAUGGUGGAGAAGGAGAGGGCGUGUCUGCUGCAGGACGGUCUGCUGCAGGGCCUGCUGGACAACCCUGCCCUCAGACACUGCCUCGACAUCACUAUGGAAAACAGCAUGCCUGGCAAGAUCAAAGUCCUGGAGGCUCUCUCCAAUGAUGGCCAGCUCUUCUCUCGUGUGGUACCCUUCCUUAACAUCCAGCCCAUGCUGCGCGUGGACUACACUGCCACUGCGACCAACUUGGAUCUACUGACGCCCCACCAAGCCGCCCUGGAGGAGCUGGCAGUCACCUCGGCUCAGUGGGACCCUCUGACGGGCCCGGCUCCUGCGGGCGUGGCAGGAGGGGCCGACCUCGUGGUCUGUAAUCACGCCUGGGGCCCUUUAGGAAUAGACCCUGGACUGCUGGUGGCAAACCUGUCCUCUGGGGCCAAACCAGGAGGGUUUAUUCUCAUCCACACCUUGCUGAAGGGAGAGACUCUGGGUGAAACGGUUGCUUUCCUCUCCAGCACAGCCCAGAGCGGCUACCAGCAAGGACUACUCACACAGGCUGAGUGGGAGAAGGUCUUCUCCGAGGUCUCCCUCAGUCUGGUGACUGUCAGGAAGUCAUUUUAUGGCUCGGCCCUAUUUCUCUGUCGCUGCCGGUCUCCAACCAAGCAGCCUGUUUUCCUUUCCGUGGACAGCACCGACUACAAGUGGGUGGAAACACUCAAGGCGACGAUGUCGGCGUCGUCGGACUCUCCGGUGUGGUUGACUGCCUCUCAGACCAACUCUGGCAUUGUGGGAAUGGUCAACUGUCUGCGGCAGGAGCCGGGUGGAAACCGAAUACGCUGUGCAUUUGUGUCCAAUCUCAACAAGUCUUCCGUUGCACCGAACCUCCAGUCGGAUCAUAAGUCCAUGCAGUCGGUGCUGGAUGGCGAUCUGGUCAUGAACGUGUUCAGAGAUGGACACUGGGGCAUCUUCAGACACCAGCUCAUCACUCGCGAUCAAAAUGAAGAAAUGACAGAGCAGGCCUAUGUCAAUGUGAUGACUCGAGGCGACCUAUCCACUCUGCGGUGGAUUGCCUCCCCACUCUGUCCGUUUGUGCCCAACAACUCGAACAUGCAACAAUGUUGCGUAUACUACAGCUCGCUCAACUUCAGAGACAUAAUGCUUGCAACUGGAAAACUACCACCAGACGCUAUUCCAGGUAUGUAUAUAGAAAACUAUUGUUUUGGCAGAAAUAAAAGUUGUCAGAUUGCAUAUCCAGCUCCCACAAUCUAUUUAACUAUCCCGUUCAUCACACAUUCUGUAGGAGACGUAGCUAUGCAGCAGUGCAUGUUGGGUAUGGAGUUUUCGGGUCGAGACCCCAUUGGCCGGCGCGUCAUGGGGCUGCUACCUGCUAAAGGCCUGGCAACAAGUGUGAACGCUGACAGGCGGUUCCUCUGGGACGUUCCCUCCACUUGGACCCUGGAGCAGGCGGCCUCGGUGCCGGUGGUCUAUGCCACCGCCUACUACUCUCUGGUGGUGCGCGGCAGACUCCGCCAGGGAGAGACGGUCCUCAUCCACUCAGGCUCAGGGGGCGUCGGCCAGGCUGCCAUCGCUAUAGCACUCAGCAAGAAAUGCAAAGUCUUCACCACUGUCGGCUCAGCAGAGAAGCGAGCUUAUCUGCAGGAGAGGUUCCCUCAGCUCUCAGCGGAGUCCUUCGCUAACUCCAGGGACAUCUCGUUUGAACAGCACGUCUUGCUCCACACGCAGGGCAAAGGAGUGAACAUCGUACUGAACUCUCUGGCUGAGGAGAAGCUGCAGGCUAGUAUUCGCUGCCUGGCCCGACAUGGACGAUUCCUGGAGAUCGGCAAAUUCGACCUGUCCAGCAACACUCCACUUGGUAUGGCCCUUUUCCUGAAGAAUGUCGCAUUCCACGGCAUCCUGCUGGACGCUCUCUUCGAAGAGGGUAACCAGGAGUGGGAGGAAGUGUCCCAGCUGCUGAAGGAAGGCAUUGUGGGAGGUGUAGUUCAACCUCUAAAGACUACAGUGUUUGAAAGGGACCAGGUGGAGGAAGCAUUCAGAUACAUGGCCCAGGGCAAGCACAUUGGCAAGGUCGUCCUACAGGUCCGCUCUGAGGAAAGGGGGCCAGAAGUCCAACCUGCUUCUCCUUUGUCUCUCCCGGCUAUCGCACGCACUUUCUGCGUCCCCUCUCACUCCUACAUCAUCACGGGUGGAUUGGGCGGCUUCGGUCUGGAGCUUGCGCAGUGGCUGAUGGAGAGAGGAGCCCGCAAACUGGUGCUGACUUCCAGAUCAGGCAUCAGAAAUGGAUACCAGGCGAAGCGAGUGCGCGAAUGGCAGAGUCAAGACGUGGAGGUGCUGGUGUCGACCAGCGACGUCAGCGCACUGGAGGGAGCGGAGCAGCUCAUUGCUGAGGCUGCUGCUCUCGGCCCAGUGGGUGGUGUCUUUCACCUAGCAAUGGUGUUGAAAGAUGGCAUGUUGGAGAAUCUGACUCCCCAGCUCUUCCUUGAUGUCAACAAACCUAAAUAUGAUGGCACCAUAAACUUGGACAAAGUGACGAGAAAGUCGUGUCCAGAUCUCAGGUAUUUCGUGGCCUUCUCUUCAGUCAGCUGCGGACGCGGCAACGCUGGGCAAAGUAACUAUGGUUACGCCAACUCAGCCAUGGAACGCGUGUGCGAAAAGCGCCAUUAUGAUGGUCUACCUGGAUUGGCAGUCCAAUGGGGUGCCAUUGGCGAUGUGGGCGUGGUGCUUGAGACCAUGGGUAGCAAUGAUACCGUGAUUGGUGGCACCCUACCACAGCGAAUCACAUCCUGCAUGGAGGUGCUCGACCGCUUCCUGUGUCAGCGGCAGCCAGUGAUGUCCAGUUUUGUACUAGCAGAGAGGAUGGUGGUGAAGUCUGAGGGAGGAAGCCAGAGGGACUUGGUGGAUGCUGUAGCUCACAUUCUGGGUGUGCGCGAUGUGAACAGCCUGAAUGGCAAUGCCUCAUUGGCUGACCUGGGCCUGGACUCCUUGAUGGGUGUGGAGGUCCGUCAGACCUUAGAGCGCGAUUACGACAUUGUCAUGACUAUGAGGGAGAUCCGCCAGCUCACCAUCAACAAGCUGCGAGAGCUGGCCAAUAGCAAGCCAGGAGGAAGAAAUGAAUCUCACCACGCUACAGCUAAGAGAGAUGGCAUCCGUUCUCUGUUGGAGUCUGAUCUCACGCAGCUAUUAGUAAAUCCCAAUGGUCCCACGGUGACGCCGCUCAAUAAGGUUCAGAGCCAAGAGAGGCCACUGUUCCUGGUCCAUCCGAUCGAGGGCUCCAUUUCCGCCUUCAAGACACUGGCCUCCAAGCUCAGCGUGCCUUGCUAUGGUUUGCAGUGCACGAAAGCUGCUCCUCUAGACAGCAUCCAGUCCCUGGCAGCCUACUAUGUGACCUGUGUCAGACAGGUUCAGCCGGAAGGGCCAUAUCGACUCGCUGGCUACUCCUUUGGUGCCUGUGUGGCAUUUGAAAUGUGCUCUCAGCUGCAGACCCUGAAACAGUCUGCGGAGUAUCUCUUUCUGCUUGAUGGUUCACACUCCUAUGUGGCAGCAUACACACAGAGCUACAGAGCCAAGCUGACACCUGGGAAAGAGUCUGAAGCUGAAACUGAAGCCUUGUGUGCCUUCAUCCAGCAGUUUACUGAAAUCGAGUACAACAAGCUGCUGGAGACUCUUCUUCCGCUGUCAGACCUGGAGGCCCGUGUCAAUGUAGCGGUGGACCUAAUCAUCUCCGGUCACAAGAACAUCAACCGAGACUCUCUGCACUUUGCAGCCAGUACCUUCUAUUACAAACUAAAGGCUGCUGAUGCUUAUGUGCCUACGACAAAAUACCAUGGUGACGUGAUGCUACUGCGUGCCAAAACAAGCAGUGAAUACGAACAAAAUCUUGGUGUUGACUACAAGCUUAGCGAGGUAUGCAAUGGCAAAGUGUCAGUCCACAGCAUUGAGGGAGACCACCGUACCUUCCUGGAAGGCGAGGGGGUGGAGUCCAUCAGCAGCAUCAUCCACAGCUCACUGGCUGAGCCACGGGUCAUGGCGAGGGAGGGCUAGAACGGCACGCUCCACCCUUGGGAAUUCCACGACAUUCCCAAGAUGGGCCUCUUCCUCCUGUUAAUUCACAUUGUAGGUUAACUUAUAGAAUUAGUCAUAGAAUAGGAUCAACAGUCUUUGGACAAUGCAUGUUUACAUUGUGUGCCCUAAUAUCCCUUAUGCACCUUAUUCCUCCUUACUGCACCUUUUCAAAUCUCAUUUGUCAAUCACGCAGUCUCCUUAACCAAUUAGAGCUCUAUGUUGGAACUAUGAAAAUAUAUUUUAUUUUCCUAUUGGUUAAAUAAAAUGAAUGCUGUCGGACCAUAGGUGACAGACCUCCAUGGACCAAACUGCUCUAUAAAACAGUCUUCACAGGACAUUGUCUUAAUUCCAGUGUAUUUACAAGGGUUGUUUCUUUUUGUUUACAAUUGAAAUGCUAAUAAUAAUCAGUAUUCAUGAAAUAUCCCCAUGCAUGUCUGUAACCUCACCACUGUCAUUGAAAUUUAAAAUAUCUGUUGUUAACACAAAGCACCUUGGUUUGUGUGCAAAUCAGGUAUAUUCCUGUAAUACAUUUAUUUUUUAUGAGUUCGCAGCCACUUGUAAAAAGGCCGUACCUCAAACUAAUUUUGUAGAAAAUAAAUUUGCUGUAGUAGCCAGACAGAAAACGUAACCUGACUCACAUUGAAGUGUUCAACACGAUCACAAUGGAUCCAGGCCAACUUUUCCCAGCUGAUGAACUUGAUGAGAUUAAUGGUUGUGAACCAUGUUGUGCUUUUAAUGUGGCUGUAUCCUCUUGGAGCAGUCCGACUCCCAUGAGCCAACAGUCCAGUCCCACUGACUCCUGAGGCCUCUGAUCUCGUGUAUGAAGGGUCAAGUGACUGGAGGCAAAUGUGGGGAUGGAUCGCAGUGAAGAAAGGAAUGCAGUACAUGUUUUUCUCUUACAUUGUAAUAUUGCCAGUAUGUGCUGUUACGACUAAUAAAGGCGUCUCACAAGUACUUUAUGACAA